AUGGACGUAGGGCCCUUCACAUUCGCGUCGGUCUUAGAUUAUGUUCCCUACUGGUCACUGUUUGGUUCGGCUGCUGUGUGGGGAAUUACGGUCGCACAAUUCUUUCGCUUCUUCUUCAGGAAUCGGGACCCCCUAGCAUUGAAGGUGUUGGUCGUGCUGCUUGGGAUUCUGGAAACGGCGAACCAGUUAUGCAUGUCAUAUGUCGUGAUCCAGGUGUUCAACAAAUGGCUAUCUGGGGUGGGAUUCUAUCAAUCUUUAAACUUCACAGUGCUUUUCUUUGCCCUGCUGUCAAUCACAGCCGUGCUAUCGGAAGGCUUCUUUCUGAUGCAAUUUGCAGAAGCUUGCGGAAAACAUAAACGAGCUGUCUUGUUGAGCGGGGCGCCUUUCGUUUUGCUACAAAUAGCCCUCCCUAUCGUGGUUCGCAUCGAAGCCAGAAAACCUUCUGACAGUGUGCAUACGGCCUUUGUCGUCCUUGAUUCGGUGUUUUAUGCUCCAAACAAAUUCGUGCUGGCGGCCUUGGUCGCCUCCGCAUCGCUAAACACAAUCCUAUUCGUGGGGCUGUCAGCACUCCUAUGGAAGACUUACAUGGCAGAUGGGUCCGCAGCGUGGAGAAAACAACCAAUGUUUGUCAAGCUUCUUACAAUGGGCCAUAGUACGGGUUUCUGGGUGGCAGCAUAUUCCUGGGCAGUUGUUGUAAUGCAAAUUCUCGCCACAACGAAAAUCAACAAACUGCGUUUCGCGGGGUAUGUACAGGCGCUACCAGCACUUUACUGCACAAGCGUGCUCGCAAGUCUGAACGUCUGCGACGAUCUGGCCAGCGGAGGGUGGUCCUUUCGCUCUGCGAGUUCGAGACAGCUGCAGUCCACGACGCUGCCCAUCCAGGAGACACUGGUGUUUCAAGAUAACGCAACUUUCGGGGUGUCUACUGUUGGGCAUGGAUAUUAG